AAGGACGAAAAUGCUUAGUUCCGGUGCAACUUCCUUCAAAGAUGCAAGGGCUGGUUUAAAAUAUCCGCAGAUGUUUUAUUCACCCCUGUGUAACAUUCAAUCCGAGUUUGAAUCUGGCUUGUGUCUUUGAUCACUCAGCAUGAUGCGUUACUGGGGUGAGAUCCCUGGGCCUGCAGGGGCUCCUCCCAGUCGCAGCUCCUUUGACUUGCUCCAACGUGAGUUUCGCUCAGUGGAGAUGCAGGACCCUCCCCUGCACCAGCCCUCAGCCCAGCGUCCGCGGCCCACCACGAUGUUGGACAUCCCCUCAGAGCCCUGCAGCCUCACCAUCCACACAGUGCAGCUGUGUCAGCAUGCACGCCGCCUCCGUGGCCUUUUGUCAGCAGCCCAAGCCCAGGCUCAGGGUCAGAGCUCAGUGUCCUCUGAGGGUGGCAGCAGGCUGGAGGAGGCUGAUACCAACCUGCCUUUGCGUCCUCCUACCCCACCUGCCAUGCCAGAUGACUUAAUACCUGCGGACAGCAAAGCCCCGCGGCAGCCCUUCCUGCUCCGCCACAGUGACCCUGAAAGUGACUUCUAUAAGGGUAAAGGCGAGCCUGUCACAGAGCUGACUUGGCACUCUUGCAGACAGCUCCUCUAUCAGUCAGUGGCCACCAUCUUGGCUCACGCCGGCUUUGAGUCGGCCCAGGAGAGCGUGCUGGAGACUCUGACCGACCUGGUCCAUGAGCAUUACCUGCGCCUCUCCCGCAUGCUGCGAGUGGCGGUGGACCGGGAGGCUCGGCUUGGAGCAAGUCCCUUCCCAGACGUGGUGGAGCAAGUGUUCCAUGAGGUGGGCAUUGGCAGCGUGCUGGCCCUGCAGCGCUUCUGGCAAGUGCGGAUCAAGGACUAUCACAGCUACAUGCUGCAGGUGAGUAAGGAUCUGUCGGAGGAAUAUGAGCGACUGGUGAACCCAGAGAAGGCUCUGGAGGACUCCAAGCCCCCGAGGAUCAAGGAGGAGCCCAUGAGUGACAUCUCCUUCCCUGUUAGCGAGGAGCCUGAGGCUGACCUGGCCUCAGGGGACCAAGCUCUGCCCAUGGGGGUCCUCGGGGCCCACGGCGAGAGGCUGGCUGCAGGCCUGGACGGUGACCACUCACCUCACCCCUCAGGUGGGGGCGGGGCCAACAACUCCCCGCUGUGGCCACAAGUAAAAAUGGAGCCGCAGGAUGGCGAGGAGGGCCAGAGCGCUGGCCAUCACCAUCAUCACCACCACCACCAUCACCACGGCGUCUUGGGUGGAGAUGUGUUCGAGGGGGGGGGGCCAAUGUCCACCAUGAGCGAGUCAGGAGGAGCCAUGGCGCCGUCUCCCGGAGGCGCGGCGUCAGAGGGCAGCUACGCUUCGCAUUCGCCCGACUCCUUGAUGGGCACCUCGCCCGUCUUCAACCAAAGACCUAAGAAGCGGGCGAAGAAGAUGUGAGGCCAGGUUUGUGGAGGCAAGACGCUUUGAGAAGCGGAGUCUGACCAACCAGCGAGUCUUCCACGUUAGUGACAGUUGACAGAAAAAUGAGGUAGCGAAACACACCAGCUGUACAGUGUAGGACUCAUCCGCAGCUGAUGAGAUCAUGGCCACUGCAUAGACUGACUGGGACAAUGAUGUCAUCAAUGAACUGAACUGAUAUGGAAAAAGAAAAGUAGUUUUUCAUGUUUGUUUUUAUGAGUGUGUAUAGUUUCUCUUGAAAUAGCUGAAGAUGUUGCCAUUAAAUAUAUAACGGGGUUUAUUGUUAAAAGAAUAAAUGUCUUUUGAAGUA